GGUCCAGGCCGCGGUUGUGCGGCAGUGGGAAGGAAAGGACCUGAUGUUUCUUUCACAGCUUGGCUUGGGGGUGGGGCGAGCCCUUUGCUCUUGAGACCCCUGGGCGGUUAGUGUCUUUAGUGGCAAUUAGGGUGCCGACAAACACUCCCGCAGCCAUUCCCGCAUAAGGCGGCUUCAGGUCCUAACUGUGAAGAGCUCACGGGCCCUUUCCCAGGCGAGAGAAGCUCCUCGCCGCGACCCUGCCCGGGUCCUGAGGCCCGACCCGGCCCGCCCCGGCUGCGGUGCGGCUAAGAAGCAGACUCGGUGCGAAGGCCGGCUCCAGUUACUGCCGGCGGGACAAAGUGGAGAUCAGUGCCUAGAAAGUGCCUGGAACGAGCGAGCAGUGCAGAAGUCGCAGGGGUGAAGCACUCCGAAGAGAACAAGAAACCAGGAAGAGGAGUGGGAGCGUAAGGGGAGUGGGGACGGUAGGAGCCAGUGCUUCUUGACUUUGCACCCGGGCACUGACGAGGGGCCUGACACAAAGUAGAUGCUCAACAAAGCCUUCUUGCCCAGUGGAUGGACUGUAAGUUAACACCCAACGUAAUGGAGCAUUUGCUGUGUGUCAUUUAGUCCUCCUGACGAUCCACUGAAAUGGGAACUUUUAUCAUCUCUGCUUUUCAAGUAGUAAACUGAGUCCAGGCCAGACCAGCAGGUGUGCCUGCUUAAACAGCAAGGAAGUCACCGCACAUGACCAGGCUUUGCCUUCAUCCUGACCUCCCCUCCCCACUCUCCCCUUCUCUCAGCCACAACAAUGACGUUUCUAUCUCCCACCACGGCCAUUCCCACCUUUGCACUGGCCACUCCUUCUGCCUUCCAUGACCUUCUUUCAGAUCAUUUCCUGGUUCACUUCUUACCAACCGGUCUCAGCAAAAAUGGCACUUCUUCAGGUCUCCCUGCAGUCCAUCAAGCCCGUUUUCUUAUUCGAUCACAGCACUAUGCCUAAAGUCGUCUCGUUUGCCCGUUUUUCUUGGUCUUCACCUCUGGCACAUAAGCUGCACGAAGGCAGGGACCUUUGGGUCCUGUUCACCCGCAUCCCGGCUCCUCGCAUGCAGUAGGCACUCAAAACGCCUGUUUAGAAACCAAGUGGUCCCGGGGUUGCAAAAUCCUUUCCACCUCGUCUUUCUCCUGGACAUCUCAUUCGUUCUGUGCAUCAAGAGGUGUGUUGGUGUUCGUGUGAUGGAGUGGUGGGGGGCUGAGGUCCUCUCCUACAGGGAAUUCCGGCCCAAGAAGCGAAGCUCACCGCUCGGUUCAGGGGCGAUUCGGGCCCAGAGGUCGGACGAUCACCGAGUCGGAUCUUGAAACCCAAGCUCACUUGGCGGCAAAGCCUUCGAGUCCUAGGGGGCUGUUCCAGGGCUCGCCACUUUAAGGCGCGCGCAGCCCAGACUACGGCGCUCACAGCCGGUCCCGGCCUCCCCCGCGCGCCUCCCAGGCCCUGCCCCGCGGUGCUGCGCAAGCGCGGUCGCGGCCACCCCCGUGCGCCGAGCCUGGGCGGGGCGGGCAGACGCGGGCCCGGAACCGAGAAGCGAGGUGCUUCCCGCUUUCCCGGCGCCGGGUCCCGGGGCCGCCAUGGAGCCCCGGGCGGUUGCGGAUGCCGUGGAGACGGGGGAGGAGGACGUAGUUAUGGAGGCUCUGCGCGCAUACAACCAGGAGAACUGCCAGAGCUUCACGUUUGAUGAUGCCCAACAGGAGGACAGGAAGAGACUGGCGGAGCUGCUGGUUUCGGCCCUGGAGCCGGGCCUGCCACCUUCCCGCCGCACCAUCUGGCUGCAGAGCGUCCGCAUCCUGUCUAGGGACCGCAGCUGCCUGGACUCGUUCACCAGCCGCCGGAGCCUGCAGGCACUGGCCUGCUACGCUGGCAUCUCCGCCUCCCCGGGCUCGGUCCCCGAACCCCUGGACAUGGAUGUUGUGCUUGAGUCCCUUAAAUGCCUGUGCAACCUCGUGUUAAGCAGCCCCGUGGCACAGGUGCUGGCGGCAGAGGCGGGGCUUGUGGUGAGGCUCGCAGAGCGAGUGCGACUGUACCGCCAGCGCAGCUUCCCGCACGACGUGCAGUUCUUCGACUUGCGCCUCCUCUUCUUGCUAACGGCACUUCGCGCUGACGUGCGCCAGCAGCUGUUUCAGGAGCUGCAGGGAGUGCACCUGCUGACCGAAGCGCUGGAGCUGACGCUGGGAAUGACCCCUGGAGAGAGGCCCCCUGAGCUCCUGCCUCCCCAGGAGACUGAGCGCGCCAUGGAGAUCCUCAAAGUGCUCUUCAACAUCACCUUCGACUCCAUCAAGAGGGAAGUGGAUGAGGAAGACACUGCCCUUUACCGGCACCUGGGGACCCUUCUGCGGCACUGCGUGAUGGUUGCUGCUGCUGGAGACCGCACAGAGGAGUUCCACGGGCACACAGUGAACCUCCUGGGGAACUUGCCCCUCAAAUGUCUGGACGUUCUUCUCACCCUGGAACCCCACGAAGGCUCUUUGGAGUUCCUGGGAGUGAACAUGGAUGUGAUUGGCGUUCUGCUGAGCUUCCUGGAGAAGCGUCUGCACCAGACGCACAGGCUGAAGGAGAGCGUGGCCCCCGCGCUGAGCGUGCUGACGGAGUGUGCCCGCGUGCACCGCCCCGCCCGGAAGUUCCUGAAGGCCCAGGUGCUGCCCCCGCUGCGGGACGUGAGGACCCGGCCCGAGGUGGGGGAGCUGUUGCGGAACAAGCUGGUUCGCCUCAUGACGCACCUGGACACCGACGUGAAGAGGGUGGCCGCCGAGUUCCUGUUUGUCUUGUGCUCUGAGAGCGUGCCCCGAUUCAUCAAGUACACAGGCUACGGGAAUGCUGCCGGCCUCCUGGCGGCUAGGGGCCUCAUGGCAGGGGGCCGGCCUGAAGGCCAGUACUCGGAGGACGAGGACACGGAUACAGACGAGUACAAGGAAGCCAAGGCCAGCAUAAACCCCGUGACGGGGAGAGUAGAGGAGAAGCCACCCGACCCCACGGAGGGCAUGACGGAGGAACAGAAGGAACACGAGGCCAUGAAGCUGGUGACCAUGUUUGACAGGCUCUCCAGGCACAGAGUCAUCCAGCCCAUGGGGAUGAGUCCCCGGGGUCAGCUCACAUCCCUGCAGGACGCCAUGUGCGAGACCAUGGAGGCACAGCUCUCCUCGGACCCUGACUCGGACCCUGACUGAGAACGGCUGCUCUUCUGCUGCCCUUCAGAACUGGUGCUGCUUCCAGAGAAGUCCUUGGGGCCAGGACCUGAAGAAGCCACAUCCCUCCCUCCAACUUGGAGACCCUUUUCUCUUUACUCCCAGAGUUCUAUUCGUGAUUUGCCUUUGGUCCAUUUUCUUCUCUUUAGGGCUGCGAGGGUCUUGUCCUACAAACUCUGGGAACUCAGCCUUGGUUUCCGCAAAUGAAGUGGUUUCUUUUAUGUGUGCCUGAGGGCAGGGCUUAACUGAAGGCAAAAUGUACAUGGGUUUGGGAGGGCGGGGGCUGAGUGUGGGCGCAGGCAGACACAGCACAUCCACAGCUGGCGUGCAGGCCCAGAGCUGGUGCAAGCACCACAUUUCACAGGGGAAAGAACCUGCUGGAACUUUAUAUGCUAAUGCCAGAAACACACUUCCAAGGUAUGAUCUGCUGUUUUUGUCCCCACUGAGUGCAGGGCUGGUAGCCUCUUGCAUUCUCGGUCCUGGCUCAGUGCCCAAGUUCUCUGGUUGUGACAGUUGAGUCUCGAUCCUUCCCACUGGUUUCAACCAUAAAUACAUGAAGGAAAAUGUCUCUCCUGAACCGUAAGUCUAGAUUUCUAUCAUGCACCACAGAGCUUCACGGAAACAUUAUUCUGGAAUAAAGAGUUCCAGGCAAGAACGUUUGUGUGUGAAUAUAUGUGCAAGACACCAAGUAAAGGCACGUUAAGUAGAAAUAGAA